AUGACAGCAGACAAAGAAAAAGACAAAGACAAAGAGAAGGACAGGGAUAGAGACCGGGAUAAGGAGCGAGACAAGAGAGACAAGGUGAGGGAGAGUGAGAACUCGCGUCCCCGGCGGAGCUGUACGUUGGAAGGAGGCGCCAAGAAUUAUGCAGAAAGUGACCACAGUGAAGACGAGGACAACGACAACAACAGUGCCACCACGGAGGAGUCCACAAAGAAAAGCAAAAAGAAACCGCCCAAGAAGAAGUCCCGAUAUGAGAGAACAGACAACGGCGAAAUAACGUCCUUUAUCACAGAGGAUGAUGUUGUAUACAGGCCUGGAGAUUGCGUAUAUAUUGAAAGUCGCCGGCCGAAUACUCCGUAUUUCAUCUGCAGCAUUCAAGACUUCAAACUGAGUAAACGGGACCACCUCCUUAUGAAUGUCAAAUGGUACUAUCGCCAGUCUGAAGUCCCAGAUUCAGUCUAUCAGCAUUUGGUUCAGGACAGACACAAUGAGAAUGACUCUGGACGAGAGCUUGUUAUUACAGACCCAGUUAUCAAGAAUCGAGAGCUCUUCAUUUCGGAUUAUGUUGACACUUACCACGCUGCUGCCCUCAGAGGGAAGUGUAAUAUCUCGCAUUUCUCUGACAUAUUUGCUGCUAGAGAGUUUAAAGCCCGAGUGGAUUCAUUUUUCUACAUACUGGGCUAUAAUCCAGAGACAAGGAGGCUAAACAGUACCCAGGGUGAAAUCAGAGUUGGACCCAGCCAUCAGGCUAAGCUUCCCGAUCUGCAGCCAUUUCCUUCCCCAGAUGGUGACACAGUGACACAGCAUGAAGAGCUUGUGUGGAUGCCAGGAGUCAACGACUGUGACUUACUUAUGUACCUUCGGGCAGCAAGGAGCAUGGCAGCUUUUGCAGGCAUGUGUGAUGGAGGAUCCACUGAAGAUGGUUGUGUUGCAGCCUCCCGUGAUGACACUACACUUAACGCACUCAAUACACUACAUGAAAGUAACUAUGAUGCUGGAAAAGCCCUGCAGCGCUUGGUGAAGAAACCUGUGCCAAAACUGAUUGAGAAGUGUUGGACCGAAGAUGAAGUGAAGCGUUUUAUCAAGGGGUUGAGGCAGUACGGCAAGAACUUCUUCAGGAUCCGAAAGGAGUUGCUUCCGAAUAAGGAGACCGGAGAACUAAUCACCUUCUAUUACUAUUGGAAGAAAACCCCUGAAGCAGCAAGUUCUCGAGCCCACCGUAGGCAUCGAAGACAGGCUGUGUUUCGGAGAAUUAAAACUCGAACUGCUUCCACUCCAGUCAACACUCCCUCCAGGCCCCCCUCCAGUGAAUUCUUGGACUUGAGCUCGGCCAGCGAAGAUGACUUUGACAGCGAGGACAGUGAACAGGAACUGAAGGGCUACGCCUGUCGCCACUGCUUCACAACCACCUCCAAGGACUGGCACCACGGCGGUCGAGAAAACAUUUUAUUGUGCACUGAUUGUCGCAUUCACUUCAAAAAAUACGGAGAGCUGCCACCCAUUGAGAAGCCCGUAGACCCUCCACCCUUUAUGUUUAAGCCUGUCAAAGAGGAAGAUGAUGGACUUAGUGGAAAGCAUAGCAUGAGGACAAGGCGGAGUCGAGGCUCGAUGUCUACACUACGUAGUGGUCGUAAAAAGCAGCCAGCCAGCCCUGAUGGUAGAGCCUCACCUAUCAAUGAAGACAUCCGCUCCAGUGGCCGCAACUCUCCUAGCGCUGCCAGCACCUCCAGUAAUGACAGCAAAGCAGAUUCAGUGAAGAAGUCUACCAAGAAGAUAAAAGAAGAGGUAUCUUCUCCUCUGAAGAACUCCAAGAGGCAGCGGGAAAAGGCAGCUUCUGACACCGAGGAACCUGACAGGUCCAAUGCCAAAAAAUCCAAAACUCAAGAGAUCAGCAGGCCAAACUCUCCCUCAGAGGGUGAGGGCGAAGGCGAGAGCUCCGACAGCCGCAGUGUCAAUGACGAAGGGAGCAGCGAUCCCAAGGACAUUGACCAGGAUAACCGGAGCACGUCGCCCAGCAUCCCGAGCCCUCAAGACAAUGAGAGCGACUCAGAUUCCUCGGCUCAGCAGCAAGUGCUGCAGGCACAGCCCCAAGUGCUUCAGAGCCAGCCGGCUGCUGCUUCCGCCCAGCCUCACCCGCAGCCUCCGCUCCAUGGCCAGGCCCCGUCGGGCGCUCACAGCCUGCAGGCUCAGCCCCUUCUGCCUCAUCCUGUCCCUUCCCAGCCAUUUUCCCUCCCCACUCAGUCAUCUCAGUCUCAGGUUCCCCUUCAGACACAAGCACCGUCUCAUUCUCACUCCGCUCUCCAGGUUCAGGUAACGCAGCCUGUCCUGCCGACUGCAACCUCGCUGCAGCAGGCUCAGCCUCCACGGGAGCAGCCCUUGCCCCCUGCACCCAUGGCCAUGCCUCAUAUCAAACCUCCCCCUACUACCCCAAUCCCUCAGCUCCCCACUGCUCCAUCCCACAAGCACCCUCCUCAUCUCUCUGGCCCUUCUCCAUUCUCCAUGAACUCCAACUUGCCUCCACCACCUGCUUUAAAACCUCUGAGUUCCCUCUCAACUCAUCAUCCGCCAUCUGCGCACCCUCCUCCUUUGCAGCUGAUGCCUCAAAGCCAACCGCUGCAGUCUUCGCAAGCCCAGCCUCCUGUACUGACGCAGAGUCAGAGCCUUCCCCCACCCGCUAAUCACCCCCAGUCGGGUCUCCAUCAGGUAUCCUCCCAGCCCCCCUUUUCUCAGCAUCCCUUUGUCCCAGGAGGCCCGCCUUCCAUCACCCCUCCGUCUUGCCCCUCCACUUCCACGCCACCCACUGUGCCUGGCAUCCCACUGCAGACUUCCGUCUCCACAUCAGCAGCUUCUAGUGGAAAUGUGCCAGUGGUGACAGCCUGCACGCUACCACCUAUCCAAAUCAAAGAAGAAGUCCCAGAUGAAGCUGAGGAACCAGAAAGCCCUCCCCCUCCACCCAGAAGUCCAUCGCCAGAACCUACUGUGGUGGACACACCAAGUCAUGCUAGUCAAUCAGCCAGGUUUUAUAAGCACCUGGACCGUGGCUACAAUUCGUGCUCAAGAGCAGACUUGUACUUUAUGCCUCUGGCAGGAUCGAAACUGGCCAAGAAGAGAGAAGAGGCCAUUGAAAAGGCCAAAAGGGAAGCAGAGCAGAAAGCCAGAGAAGAGAGAGAGAGAGAAAAAGAAAAAGAGAAGGAAAGAGAGAGGGAGCGGGAGCGUGAAAGAGAAGCAGAAAGAGCUGCGAAGGUAUCCAGCUCCUCCCAUGAAGGCCGUCUUGGAGAGUCUCAGCUCAGUGGGCCAGCACACAUGAGACCUUCAUUUGAACCUCCACCAACGACCAUCGCUGCUGUACCACCUUACAUUGGUCCAGACACACCUGCUUUACGAACACUAAGUGAAUAUGCCCGUCCUCAUGUCAUGUCGCCAACAAACCGUAAUCAUCCCUUCUUUGUCCCCCUCAACCCCACCGAUCCACUUCUGGCCUACCAUAUGCCUGGCCUCUACAAUGUGGAUCCCACCAUUCGGGAACGAGAGCUCCGAGAGCGGGAAAUCCGGGAGCGAGAAAUCCGGGAAAGGGAGUUGAGAGAGAGGAUGAAACCUGGCUUUGAGGUGAAGCCCCCAGAGCUGGAUGCGCUGCACCCAGCUACUAACCCCAUGGAGCAUUUUGCCAGGCACGGUGCACUGACUAUUCCCCCAACAGCAGGACCUCACCCAUUCGCUUCCUUCCAUCCGGGUUUGAACCCCCUUGAAAGAGAGAGACUUGCCCUGGCAGGCCCACAGCUACGGCCUGAAAUGAGCUACCCUGACAGGCAGGCAGCAGAGCGAAUACACGCCGAGCGGAUGGCAUCGCUGACAAACGACCCGUUGGCACGGCUCCAGAUGUUCAACGUUACGCCUCACCACCACCAACAUUCACACAUACACUCACAUUUACACCUGCAUCAGCAGGAUCCCUUGCAUCAAGGCAGUGCAGGACCUGUUCACCCGCUGGUGGAUCCAUUAGCAGCUGGACCCCAUUUGGCACGUUUUUCCUACCCACCUGGGACCAUCCCCAACCCAUUGCUAGGGCAGCCACCUCAUGAGCAUGAAAUGCUCCGACAUCCAGUCUUUGGUACUCCUUAUCCACGAGAUCUUCCUGGUGCCAUUCCACCUCCUAUGUCAGCAGCCCACCAACUGCAGGCCAUGCACGCCCAGUCAGCAGAGCUGCAAAGACUGGCAAUGGAGCAGCAGUGGUUGCAUGGGCAUCCUCACAUGCAUGGUGGUCAUCUACCAAGUCAGGAAGAUUAUUACAGUCGACUGAAGAAAGAAGGCGACAAACAGUUGUAAUAAAUUAUUUAUUUGUAAUGCUGGCUAUGGAAACCCCAGUCCUUGGGAAGGAGUGGAACAUUUUUACAUACAAUAAGAGCUACAAAAGGAAAAGAAUAUCUUAUAAAGAUUUCUUUAUAUAUUUAAAACAGAAACAACCACCCAACAAGUAGAGACUUAUCAGCAUAGUGUUCAUUUGUAGAGAAGAUUUCUCAAGACUGGUGUGGGUCUCCCUGCAUGACAACGUAUUCAGAAGCCUAUUGAAAAUACAGGACUGUGUGGAAUAUUCAGAGAACUUCCUGCAAUCUUGGUUUUUUUUUUUUUUUUCUUACUAGUUUGUUUUGAGUAGGUGCUAGAAUCAGGUUCACAACACGAGUCACUGUGCGUGAAGAGACACUCGAUGCAUCUAUAGCUAUUUUAAAAAAAACAAGGAUUGCAAGUAGGUGACAUAACAAGCUCUGAAUCCAAGUGCUAUAAUAAUAAAAAUCUACUUUUAUUUUAAUACAUUGUAGGAAAUCUUCAUAAUUUUAAAGAGAGCUCAGUUCUGCAGCAUGGCUUUUUAAGUCUGUAAAUAACUUUUUUGGGUAGAGGGGAGAAACAAAACAAAACAAAACUCCAGAAAC